CUUGUCGACAGUAAUAAUAAUCCCAUCUUUUUUUUACGUCCAUCAUUUGUAUUUUAUCUGAUUUCAAGUCACUUUACAUCAAUUGAUUUCAUAGCAGCCGCAAUGUUCGCCCGACAGUGCACACGAUUGGUGUCUUCCCGGACUGCCGUCCCCUUGUCUUCGUACCUUUCCCGUGCUAGGCCGUACUCCUCGGCAACAGGAUAUGAGCACAUCCUGACCUCCAGCCCCAAGCCUGGUGUCGGGCUGAUCACAUUGAACCGCCCCAAAGCCCUCAAUGCCCUUUCCAGCCCUCUCUUCAAAGAGAUCAACGAUGCCCUCUCCAAAUACGAUGAGGACAAGGAGAUUGGCGCCAUAAUCAUCACAGGAAGCGAGAAGGCCUUCGCCGCUGGUGCCGAUAUCAAGGAGAUGGCGCCCUUGACCUUCUCCGCUGCAUAUAGCAACAACUUCAUCGCCCCUUGGUCCCACCUCGCCAACAGUAUCCGUAAACCUGUUAUUGCCGCAGUGUCUGGCUACGCCCUUGGUGGUGGUUGCGAGCUCGCCCUGAUGUGCGACAUCAUCUACUGUACCUCGAAUGCUACCUUCGGUCAACCGGAAAUCAAACUAGGCGUUAUCCCCGGUGCGGGCGGAUCGCAGCGUCUGACUCGUGCAGUAGGAAAGAGCAAGGCCAUGGAGCUGAUCCUGACCGGAAAGAAUUUCAGCGGCAAGGAAGCGGGAGAAUGGGGCGUUGCCGCGAAAGUCGUUGACGGGGGUAAGGAUGAGUUGCUCGAGGAGGCCCUCAAGACUGCCGAGACGAUUGCAGGAUAUAGCCGUGUUGCCGUCGUUGCCGGCAAGGAGGUGGUGAACAAGAGUCAAGAACUCUCGUUGAGAGAGGGCGUUGAGUAUGAGAGGCGGUUGUUCCAUGCGCUUUUCGGAAGUAAAGACCAGAAGAUCGGCAUGACGGCUUUUGCCGAGAAGAAGAAGCCUGAGUGGUCGAAUGAGUAAAGUUGGGUGGAACGCACGAUAUUCCAGAGCCCCCGGCUAGCUUCGCCAUUCGGGUCAAUUUGACAGAAAAAUAACGUAAGACAUUAAUGCAAGAACAGUGAUAACCCAUUGCCUCAAUAUUGUAGCCAACAAUACACAUGUU